GCUCCAUCGACGACAGCAUGCCCAGAGAAUUCGUUCUGGCAUCCAAAGGCGUGUUCGCCAGAACGGCUGCAAGCGAUGCAAACCCAACUCCGGAGGACCCCCCAGACGGAGCCGCGGAGGAUCCCGCGACCCGCGCCCCCGACCUCUUCCAUACGGCCAGAAGUGAGGCCAGCUGCACGGAGCCGUCCUGGUGCCCCAUGGCCAGGUGCAGCGUCUCUAUGGAGAUGUGCCCCUGCACGUGCGCGUCGACCUCCACCCCGACGUCCUCGACGGCCACGGGGACGAGCACGGUCUCCACAUCGUCGGCGUCCACCACCACCACCUGCGCGGACCUCUUCUGGUGCUCCCUGGCCGACUGCAGCCUGGAGGCGUCGAUUGAGCUGUGCCCCUGCGCGUGCUCGGGUUUCAGCUUUACGGUCUCCAGCACAUGGACGACCAGCGCCACGUCGAGCGCCACGACGGCAACGGAGACCACGAGUGGGACGAGUGUCAGCACAGUGAGCGCCACCACAGUGACGCCUACCAGUGCGAGCGCGACCUCGACCAGCAUCUCCGCUACCAGCACGUCAACGUUUACCACGGAGACUGGCACCCGGACGCUCAGCACCACGAGCCGGACGAGUGCCAGUGCAACCACCACGUCUGCCACCGGCACAAGCGUGACCUCAGUGAGCACCUCUGCCUCCGCCACGACCACGUCUGCCACAGGGACAAGUAGCCAGACCGCAAGUACCACUAGUCGGACGAGCUCCAGUGCAACCAGCACCAGCGUGACCUCGCUCACCACGUCUGCCACCAGUACGUCGACGUCCGCCACGGAGUCCAGCACGCAGACUGACAGCUCCACGAGUACCACUGUAAGCCUCACGACGAUCACCAGCACAAGCAUGACCUCAGUAAGCACCUCCGCUACCAGCACAACCACAUCUGCCACCUGGACUAGCAGCCAGACGGCGAGCACAACAAGUCGGACAAGCACCAGCGCAACCAGCACCAGUGCGACCUCGCUCACCACGUCUGCCACCAGCACAAGCGUGACCUCAGUGAGCAUCUCUGCCACCACCACGACCACGUCUGCCACAGGGACAAGUAGCCAGACCGCAAGUACCACUAGUCGGACGAGCUCCAGUGCAACCAGCACCAGCCGUGACCUCGCUCACCACGUCUGCCACCAGUACGUCGACGUCCGCCACGGAGUCCAGCACGCAGACUGA